AUGACCAAACCCGUGGACACUGGGCUCAUGCCAUCAUUCCAGUCCUUCUUCCCUCUGGAGCAUCUCACUGAUGGGAUCAGUCACAUGGGACAGAUGAUCAACGCUGUACAGGACCUCAAGGGUAGGCCGAUUGGCAUGGUCUCCAUGAAGGAGCUAGUCGGUUACUAUAUGCAGCACCAAGUUUCUAACAGCAUGAAAGGCAUUCUCGUUCAGCUGACCUUUGAGACAACACCCUAUGAGCCUUGCAUCCACCCGAUGUCCUCGUUGACCAAGACUACUAUCAGUGACCUUCGCUACAACACUCGCCAUGAAGGGUCAUAUAUCCUAUUGCGACUCAUAACCGGAUUAGACAUUACAGGGACCCUUUUUGCCAUCGCCGAGGACGAGAAUCAACGGGUGAUUCCGGUACAGCUGUUCAAUCAAAAUUCUCUUCCGGGAAAUGAAUUACUUGAAAUCUAUUCGGCCUUCAUCGUUAAGGAGCCUCUAGUCGAAGUGGUCGGGUGGGGGGAAGUUGGUAUUCGAGUUGAUCAUGCUUCCGAUUUUAAGUGCAUAUCCAGAUACAGCGAGGAUCUACCAGCCGGGUGGAAGAAGUCGAUCAAGGAGAAAAGAACGGUGGCCCAAUGGAAGGCCGUGGCAACCGAGCUAUACAAAACUGGUCUCUAUGCACAAGCAGUUGAGUGUUACUCCAAAGCUCUGGAGAUUCCAUCACCCCCAGGAAGAGUUCAGACCUUGAGGUUCAACCGGGCGCAAGCUCUGUGCAAGCUUGGAAGGUCUGAAGAAACUCUACUGGACCUAGGAAUUCUCACUCCUGCCAUGCAGUCCUACGACACGGCGCUUUACCGCAAAGCCCGAACCUUUUAUGACCUUCGCCAAUACAGAAAAAGCAGCGAGGUUCUCUCCGUCCUCUGCAAGGCAUACCCGAAGAAUCCCCAUGCAAAUCGAAUGUUUUCGGAAUCCAUCAAGCGCUUGUUGGAAGAGAAAACUGGCAUGUAUUCGUUCAAAGAGAUGCAAACCAAGCUGCUAGCUAGACACAUUGUCCGACUGGAAUACGCCACAUACAUCGGCCCGAUUGAGGUGAGGCCUGCCAGUGUCACGGGGAGAGGGCUGUUUAGCUCUCAAGACGUCAAGGCAGGCGAACUUCUCCUCUGCGAGAAGGCUAUGGCAUACUUCUCUGAGGAGGACGCGAGCAAGAGAAUGCUCUGUCGUGGAUACCGCGUGGGGCUUGAUAGCGCAAAGGCCAUGCCACUUGCGAGAGUUGAACUGGUCCACGAGAUGGUACGAGAGCUUCGCACGAAGCCGUCUUGGAUGGCGGACUUCAUGAAUAUGUACCAUGAUUCUUACAAAAGCACGGUUUCCUCGUUUCAUGAUGAUGAUGGCGGAGCUCUUGUCGAUUCAUUCCUUGUACACAAAGUUAUGGUCCACAAUAUGCUGCAUUCCGACACCUGCACCCGUGACACCUAUGUGCUUCGCAGUGAGUCGAAGAGUGUGUUUGAGGAAGAAAGGAGCGACUUUGCAAUGGCCCAGCAGCCACCCUGCGGCAUUUGGCGGAUGGCAUCUUUCGCCAAUCACUCCUGUUUGUUAAACGCGCAGCACAGCUUCAUAGGCGAUAUGCUCAUCAUGCGAGCGACCAUGGACAUUGCCGCCGGCACAGAAAUUCUCAUUCGGUAUCGCGAGCGUGCCACGGAUUUCCUUAAGGCUUCCAAGUGGAACCCCUUCGAGGAUCGUGGCUUUGCCUGCACUUGCGACCUCUGUCAGAGCAUUGAUUACACCGAUGAAAGAAUCCUCAAACUCAGAGAGGCGGUUCUCAGAGAUUUGCAGUUGUUCGUUGAAACAGUGUUCAUCGAAAGUCGCCCAGGGAAGGUUGAAGUGGGCGAUCUAAUGAUGAAAAUGAACACCCUACUGGCAACCUACGAAGAAAUUGAUGUUUAUCUUCCACGCCUAUCUGUCUUUGAGAUCAAGUACGCUCUGACUCGGAUUUUUGAUGUGGGCGGUUUGCCCUACGCUGCAGCCGGUCUUGCGGUGGAAUGCUUCAUGAAUCUCGGCUACAGUCUUACUGGUGCCAUUACCAUGGAGAAUCAAGUGGUGUCUGGCCCGCUCGCCAUUGAGAAAUGGGGAAUGCUAGAUUAUCGUCUUGUAAAGUGCUGGUUGAUUCUCGCGCGAUCAUAUCGCAUCAUGGCCCCGCACCUUGAGCACGCUGCCAAGGACUACGCGAUGCUAUUCUACAAAAUGGUUGUGGGUGAAGAUCACAGUUUUAACUCGGCCUACAAAAAGAUGAUGUCUUGA